ACGACAAAUUUUGUAAUCUAAUUGUAAUCAACACAACAGCGUGGUCGGGUUUGAAACAUGUUGCUGUCACACAUUGCCCCUGUGUUAGGAAAAGAUAAGGUGUAGUGGUGGUUACGAAUGCAGGGAUUUCUUAUGACUGUGUAGUGUACAAAUGAGUUUUGCUGUUGGUAACGACGUUAGAAAUAAGCAAUGUGGUUCUCUCUGUUAUCUUCUAAUAGUGGCGUGUUUCAUGGCAUUGUUUAUGUUUGGUUUCUUCCCUACAUCAUACUUGCAGUCCCGUAAGGCGACAAAAGAUGAUAUUCCUUAUUUUGUCGGCAAUACUAGGGUGAAUGCAAGUGCUUUGUACAAACCGCUUGUAAAGAAAUUGAUAAUAAUCAUAAUAGAUGCCUUAAGAGUGGACUUUGUUGAAGGGGAAACUGGGCUGAGAAACAUGCCUUACACUGCAUCUUUGAUUAAAGAAAGUGCGGCAUGCCAGUACGUAGGAAGAGUUAGCCCACCCACAGUAACAAUGCCAAGGAUUAAGGCUCUUACAACAGGUUCAGUGCCCAACUUCAUUGAUGUUAUCCUCAAUUUUGGUAGUAGUGCUGUUACUGAUGAUAACCUGUUACAUCAGGCAGUCAGCAAUGGACUGAAGAUUGUCUUCUACGGUGAUGACACUUGGCUGAAACUUUACCCAGACAAAUUUGUAAGAAGUGAGGGAACUUCAUCGUUUUUUGUAUCUGAUUUCUGGGAGGUUGAUAGCAAUGUUACACGUAACUUACCAUCUGAACUGAAUUCCGAUGACUGGAGUAUAAUGGUACUCCAUUAUUUGGGCUUAGAUCACAUUGGACAUGUUGAGGGACCAGAAAGCCAUCAUAUAAGAACAAAACUUAAUGAAAUGGACAGUGUUGUACAAAAAAUACAUGAACAGUUUGUUGUCAAGAAUACCAAUGGAGGAAAACCAUCUCUCAUGGUCAUCUGUGGAGAUCAUGGAAUGAAAGAUUCUGGUGGUCAUGGUGGUGCAUCACUACCUGAAAUAACAGUACCAAUAAUUGCUGUGGGGCAGAGCUGUGUACAGAGAUAUUCCAGCUCUGUGUUUGAUAAUGAAAGAAUUAUUUCACAAAUUGAUUUAGUUCCUACAUUGUCUGCUCUUCUGGGUGUUCCUAUACCAGCUGGUAAUCUGGGGAAGACCAUAUAUGGACUGUUGCAUCACCUACCAACAAACAAACAGUUGUAUUUCUUAUAUUAUAAUGCUCAACAAAUGGCUGAGUUAUUUGGAAAAACCUUUGAGAUAACAGAAUCAGAUUGUCAUUCAGAAUAUCAAAAAGCUAUCCAACUUCAUGAGAAAUGGUUAAUUUAUGAACAAGAAGAAAAGAAUACAACCAUUGAAACAACCAUUGCAGCGUAUUACUCUGCACUGUCAUGCAUGGGUUUCAAACUUACGGAGUCACUGAUAAAGUAUGACAUCCACACAAUCUGUGUUGCCAUUGGGGUGUUGGUGCAGAGCACGAUCGUACUAUUUAUUUUUCCAUGUACGAGACUGGUGAGCUUUAAAGUUGUGCCCACAAGAAUAUUGGUUUUAAGUGUACUGGUCGUUGUGCUUAAUUCUGCAUGCUGCAUCCACAGCCCUGACAGUUUUCUCUGCACACCAAACACCAAAUCAUAUUUUGUACGACUUUUUGGUGCAUUAUUGACAUCAUUCAAUAUAGUAAUGAUAAGAGAGUGUCUCCAGCAUAGAUCUAAGUUGAUGGUAAAAUGUGAAAAUCAAAUUUUAUUGAUAGGUGUAGUCUUACAUAUUGUCAGCCUGGGAUCCAGCAGCUUCAUUGAAGAAGAGCACCAAAUAUGGUACUUUUUGUGGAGUACUUUGGCACUUGCAAAAUUGUAUGAGUGUAUUGUAUCCUACACUUCAAAAAUGGGAAGCAUUUCACGUGAGAAUUUAACAAAACAGAAAAUGAAACAAUUAGUCUGCAGAUGGUUAUUAGCAGUCACAUUCCAUUGCAUACUCAGAAAAUUAAAUCAAACUGGUGACAAAUGGGCCCAUUUGCCAGAUAUUGGAGACUGGCUGACACUAGAUGAAAAUAAGACAUUCUUAUCUGGUGUACUUUUACUUGGUUUAUUUGCUUUGAUUCUGUGUUGCUUCAAUAUUAGCAGCACUCCUUACAAAUCUCGAAGCAAUUCACUGAUUGAUCUCAGCUUGUAUACAGCAGCAGCUGUGUGUAUUUAUCUAUAUAGAGCAGCCAUUGGAAGUGUUCUACUUCCUUUUGAUUAUCCACAAUCGAGGGGUCUGUACGAGUCAUUCGGAACGUGGUGUCUUUUAGGAGUAAUAAUGAUUAAAUCGGUAUUGGAAAUUUUCUUCACAUCACACCACCAGAGUUAUUAUGCCAGAAGAUGGACAGUCUGUGCAAACAUACUACAGAAAACAUUUUCUGUUAUUACUGUUUGUUGGAUGAUACUGUGUGCCUUGAUCUACAGACCAUAUAAUGUGCUGCUGCUUGGUUGUAAUGUGUGUAUAAGUCAACUGAUAUGUGAUACUGCUGUUACAUAUGGCACGACCAAUUGUAUUUCACUACCAGUUAUGCAUUACUGGCUUGGAAUGGUCUUCUAUUUCUAUCAGGGAAAUUCAAACAGCUUGGCAAGUAUUGAUGUUGCUGCAGGGUACAUAGGACAAGAAGAAUACAACAUUGCUUCAGUUGGGGCACUCCUUAUUGCACAUACAUAUUGUGCUCCCAUUCUUUCUUAUUUACUUUUAAUAAGAAAUAUUUGCAAGCUUUCAGUUCAACAUGAUAAAGAAUGGCUUGAUGACCAGCUGCACAGAUUGUUUUGGUUUGUGGCUUCACAUCGAUCACUGCUUCUUACAGUAUAUUCUAUACUUCUUACAUUCCAAAGGUAUCAUUUAUUUGUGUGGACAGUUUUUGCACCUAAACUGCUUUAUGAAGCUAUGUUUACAACUUGCACUCUUGUCAAGCUGCUUUUUACCUUUCUCAUUGUUCAGUCAAUAAUGUAUAAAGAACAAAAAUGUAAACAAUGGAAGUAAUGUAAUAAAAUUUUC